AUGAAGUUCAUUUUGGUUUUGGCAUCUUUGGCGGUGGUUGCAUUCGCUGCAGAACUUGAGAUCGAAACCACUCAUUUGCCAGAAAAUUGCGGGGAAAAAUCGAAAAAAGGAGAUGAACUUCAUAUGCAUUAUACUGGAACACUUCUCGAUGGAACAGUUUUUGAUUCGAGCAGAACUAGAAAUGAACCAUUCACUUUCACUUUGGGACAAGGACAGGUGAGUGUGAUUUUUUUUAAAAUCUAAUAAGCUCACCAAGAGUUUGAUAAAGGAUUUUUUUCGAAAAAUUAAAAAUUAUGGGAAAUCUUACUGAAAAAGUCCUUCGAUGACUUUCAGUCACAAAUCAUUUUUCAAGCUCCCCUGCGAGCUGAAAAACGUAAUUUAAUCAUUUUCAUAAAAUCUAACUUCAGAAAAUUAGCAAAAAUGAUCAAUUUUUUCACCAAAUUCAUCCUAAAAUUUUCUAAUUUUUCAGGUAAUCAAAGGUUGGAAUCAAGGUCUUCUGAACAUGUGUGUUGGUGAACGUCGUGUUCUCACAAUUCCACCAAAUCUCGCCUAUGGUGAACGUGGAGCCGGCGGAGUUAUUCCACCAAACGCUGUUCUCAAAUUCGACGUCGAACUCAUGAAGAUCGAUAGAGCCGAUGAAUUGUAA